UGCGCAAUCGCUCCCACCCCAAGGUGAACUGAACGUACGUUUCCCGAGUCCUUACAGCGCUGCUUUCUUUUGAACGCUUUAGUAGUCGGUUUGGAGAUGACAUCAGGGACUAAGUACCCAUUAAGGUGCCACAUUACUUGCCUGUAUUUUGUUGUAUAAAAGAUCGACUCUUUAUUUUUUGUCUUGUAACCAAAUGUAGCCUACGUGUGAGAUGACAAAAGUUCCAUAGAGGAGAGUGAAAUGGUUUCAUUGGUUAUGGUCAACGAAAAAGAAAACGAUGUGGCAUAAUAGUAAGGAUCUUUUCUGCUUGGAAAUGGCUUUUCCUUGUUUUCUCUCGGCUCCUUUCGGCUGGGACUCAUGAGAGUGGAUUAUGAUAUGGUUGCAGCUUUCUCACCAACAACCUGAGACUCAGCCCUCAAAAGGCAGAAUGUGUCCAGGUUUGCCACCCCCACUGUGCAUUUCCAUUAGUGGGCAUGUGCAUGACUUUCGGGUUACUUUGGCAUUCCUCCUAUUCAUGUGUCUGUCACGUAUGAUUGUCACGGCCACCUGCCCCCUACCUUGCGUGUGUGCCAGUGAUAUCAUCUCCUGCAGUGGUCGCAAUCUGUCAACCAUGCCCCCUGACCUCCCCAGCUAUGUCACCCGAUUGGACUUUGGCCAUAAUGCCCUCUCCGCUCUGCUUUCUGAUUGGUCAGAUCGGCCACUGGACAGGCUGACUGUGCUGGUUCUCAGCCGAAACUCCAUUACCCACCUGGCACCGAACGCCUUCGCCCCCAGUCCUCACCUCCGCCACCUGGAUCUCUCGUCCAAUUGGCUGUCUUCACUCAACACCUCUGCCUUCCGUGGGCUUGAGGAACUGGAAGUGCUUCUUCUGUUUGGGAACCUCAUUUGCCAGACCAUGACAGGGGGCUUCCAGGGGCUGAGCAGCCUGGAAAGGCUUUACUUGGGCGGGAACAGAUUGGCCGACUUUCCCCUGGAGCUCUACCAAGGAGAUGGGGCUCUGCCACGACUCCAUUUCCUGGAUCUGUCGAUGAACAUGGUGAGGCACGUUCCUGUGCAGAGCAUCCUAUCCCUGGCCGCCUGGCAGCAGGGUGGAAUCUACCUGCACGGGAACCCGUUGGUGUGUGACUGUGCAUUGCGAGCCAUGCUGGAAUACUGGGAACGGAGGGAAUUCCGCCCCAUACUGGACUACAGGGAAGAGUAUCCAUGCAGUCUGGGUCAGGAGUGGCUGAAUUGUUCUGGCAGCCCUUGGGAAGGGUUCCAUGGAACUGUACAGGAGGUUUAUCAGGUGGAGCCUGGUAACUGGCUUAUGUUGCCAUGUCCUGGCAUUUCUCUCCCCCUCCAGAAGGGGGCAGCGGUGUUCUGGGUGACCCCGGGGCAGGGAUCACCGGUGCUGGGCUUAACGGGUGAUCAGAACGCCCACCUCAGGGUCCUUGCCAACGGAACACUGGAGAUCCAAGGGGCGUCACCGGAAGAUUCGGGGACAUACACCUGCGUGGCAGUCCGCGGCCAGACCAGACGCCCCAAUCAAACUAUCGAGGUCACCGUGUACGCGGGCAACGACAGCAGGCUGGCCGAGAGCGGGGGGGCACGCAGCGGCGGAGGGGAGCAUUUCAACACGGCCUUUACCACGCUUGCGUCAUGUGUGGUCAGCAUCAUCCUGGUGCUCCUCUACCUGUACCUUACGCCCUGCCGGUGUGGGCGGGCCGGGGGGGAGGGCGGGUGCGGUGGGAAAGCCAUGCUCUUCUGUGCCGACCCGAGAGAGGCGGAGCUUGCCGACCGGAGGGUCACCGGCGGAAAGAGAGUGGCCUUCCUCGAGACAGUGGAUAAAUACCCCCAAAGAUGCAGUGCCAAGCAGUCAGCAGUGGACACCGCAGCCACGGAGGGCAUUUUAAAGAAUGGAAGCAGGGCCUUGGAGCAGGUCCUCGAAGACAACGUUGUGUAGCGUUUAGUUCAAGCGCUUGUUGCACUAGACCAGUGGUUCUUAACUGGUUAUACUCAGUGACCUGGAUGGAACCAGGUUGUCUCAACCCAGUAUUUGUAUAUGAAAAAACACUUCAUGACACACAAUCGUAUAUGGAGCAAUUUUACUGGACAAGGGAGCAACACUCCUACCUUUUUCCAUUGUAUGCAAUUCCAUACUGAUCAUAGUCUAGAUGAAGUAUGAUUGCAUGCUCACCACAAAAUGAAGACCGGAGUAUUUAUUCAUAAAUACUCCAGAUACGUUUACUCAGAUACUCACGACCCAAAAUUUGGAAUGCAGCCCACCAGCUGAGAACCACUGGACUAGACUACACCAAGCAACAUGUCAACAAUUUCAACUUUGCUUUGAGAACCCAUUCCUGAAAAGUUUUGACACUGGUUAUUUCACAGCAAUGAUCAGAUUGCUUUUUACAUUAAUAUGUACAUUUUAUACUGUGUAGACAGAAACCACCAAUAGUUUUAUAUAUUAAUUUUAUGUAAACUUGAAAUUAGAAUCCUCUCCAAAUAUCUGAAAACAACAGUAAUGCAUUAUGUAUGCAUCUGUCAAUAUGUAGUCUCUCAUAUGCCAUCAUGUGUUAUGAAUGAUGAUAUCAAGGCAAAAGUCACUGCAAAUGUCGUCUAAAUUGUAUGCAGGUAAAAUGGAUGCGUUCAGACAAAGAUGCCAAAGUCAACCCUGAUCAGUGUCUAGCCAGCUGCAGCCCCAAGCCUCCCAUGACCCAUAUUCUGUUGUUAUUCUCUGUUAUUUUUGUCAGUGUGAAUAGAGUGUUUCAAGGUGAAGAAUGGACUGACAUCAGUGCUGGUCUCCAUACAUUUAGCUAUCAUGGAUAUUAACAUUAAUGUAUAACAACUGAAUUCCAUUGUCUCAAUCUUAUAUCUUCAUUUAUGGAUCUGCAGAUUCUUACAGUAUAUUCAGUGUGUGUUUGUGUGCAUUUUUGUGUCUGUUUGUCUAUAUAAAUUAAUGCCUAAUAUUG